AUGGCGGUCGGUGAGGUUAUGAGGAUGGAGGUUCCCGCCGGUGGAGAUUUGACUGUUACUUCUCCGGAGUUACAUGUUCUCGCCGUUGAUGAUAGCAUCGUGGACCGUAAAGUCAUCGAGAGGUUGCUUCGAAUCUCUUCUUGUAAAGUGACGACUGUAGAGAGUGGAGCUAGGGCUUUACAGUAUCUUGGCUUAGAUGGAGACAAAGGAGUUUCAAAUCUUAAGGAUUUGAAGGUGAAUUUGAUAGUGACGGAUUACUCAAUGCCAGGACUAACAGGAUACGAUCUCCUCAAGAAGAUUAAGGAAUCUUCUGCAUUUAGAGAAAUACCAGUAGUGAUUAUGUCAUCUGAGAACAUUUUACCUCGCAUAGAACAAUGUUUGAAGGAAGGAGCAGAGGAUUUUCUGUUAAAACCAGUGAAACUAGCAGACGUAAAGCGAAUAAAACAGCUUAUAUUGAGUAAUGAAGCAGAGGAAUGCAAAAACUUAAGCCAUUCUAACAAGAGAAAGCUUGAAGAAGAAGACAUUGAUUCAUCAUCAUCAUCAAGUCAUGAUGAUUCUUCUGUCAAGGACAUUCCAUCUUCAAAAAGGAUAAAAUCAGAAUCUGAAAACCGUUCUUCUCUACUUUGA